AUGGCCGUCAACACGGAAAUUGCCCAGGUGAACCUGCACCACGCGGCGGCAGCCUCGGCUGUCAUAGCGAACAGGUUCACAGUGGAGAAGCUGGGCAUACUGCUGAUCCAAGAGCCUUGGGUCCAUAGAGGAGAGGUUAAAGGCCUCAAAACGGAGUCAAAUAAGGUAAUCUGGGAUCUCUCUAGCGAUAGACCCAGAACAUGCAUAGUUGUCAGGAAUAACAUUGAAGUCUUUUGUAUUUCAGAGUUCCUGACGCAGGAUCUGGUGGCGGUGCAAGCCAGGGACUUCGAAGGCAAGGACUUCGUCCUGGCUUCAGCCUACUUCCCAGGGGAGGUACCCACGGCACCCCCGGAGAUGGUGGAAAGGCUGGUGGAGCAUUGCAGAAGACACAGGCUUCCCCUAAUAAUUGGGUGCGAUGCAAACGCCCACCAUGUGGAAUGGGGCAGUACGAACUGCAACUCAAGAGGUGAGUCCCUUUUAGAAUUUAUAAUAGGAAGCAACUUAGUUAUAGAGAAUGUGGGGUGUGAACCCACUUUCAUUACUAUAAACAGGAGGGAGGUACUGGACCUCACCUUGAGCAAUGAGCCUGCAAAUGGGUUGGUCUCGCAAUGGAGGGUCUCUACGGAGCCCUCCAUGUCAGACCACAGAAUUUUAAGGCCAAUCAGUCUAACGUCCUUCCUACUAAAAACCAUGGAGAAGAUCAUGGACCAUGAAAUAAGGUCGACAGUGCUAAAGAGAGCACCACUGCAUGGGCUCAGCAUGCCUGAGCGUAGAUCCACCACUGCUCUGUACCAGAUGACCUCUGAAAUAGAGAGUUCACUGGAGCAUGGUGAGGUGAUGCUUUGCGCGUUCUUGGAUAUCGAAGGUGCCUUUGACAACACGUCUCAUAAAAGUGUAGCCAAGGCACUGGAGAAAAAGGAAUGUGGCAGCACCGGUGCGCAGAUGGAUUGA